CGUCACUUCCGGAUCGUAAAACUAUGCAGCGACUUCGGUGUAUCACCUACGGUGUUGGUGUUCGUAUCCAGCAAGGUGCCUCUGUGCCUGGCAAUGAAGAUGUAAAGUGAUAUGCGAGGAAACGCCCCUCUCCCAGCCCGCCUUUGCUAGAAGACAUUCGGAUAAAUCUGGAACGGGGCGGGCGGACUGAAAACGAGUAAAGAAUGAGUCGUAGUAAUCACCGGAGAGCUGACAGAGUUGGAGAUGGUUUUCUUCUACCCAUCCCAAGUCCAUCAGGAAUUUCAGGUUUCUACAGCCAAGAAGCCAUUAAUGAGCAUGUUGAACAAUAUAAAGAAAACACCAUGUCAUUUCUUAUCAGAAAACUAGUACGAGAUAACCCAGAUAAACUUCCUCUUUCUCCUGAUGAAAAAUAUUCACAGUCAAUAUUUUUAGGACUGGAAUCUGCUGAAGAGAAGAAUGACUACGACAAAGAUUCCUUCUUUGACGGUAGUGAUGACUCCUGCUGUGAGAAUGAUGAUAAUGAUGAAAGUGGCUGGAUUCAGGCUAUGUAUCAGUUUCAGAAAUAUGGUUCAAAUGUCAAAUAUGAAGGAAGUGAUCCACUUGGUAGCGAAAUUCAUUUUGACGUAGCGCAUGAAUUGCACACAUAUACUGAUGAGGAAAGUUUAUCAGAAAUUAAUUCAGAUUCUGAAGAAGAGGAGACGAUUAAGAGUAGUAAACAUGAUAUUAGUGUUUUAUCUGAGAAGGAACCACCUUCUACUUCCAAAAGGAAAAGCCCAGAGGGGCAAGAAAGUCAUGACGGAAGUGAAAGAAUCUAUAAUGGAAUUCAUGCAAGAGACAGCAAAGAAUCUGAGGACUGCUGA